AUGUUAGCACAUAUCAAGACGGCUACUGGCCGUGCAGUCUUUGCCCACUACAUGGUCGGCAAUAUCACAACUGAUCAUAUCCAGCAGGAUGUGGACGAUGCCAUUGCUAUGGGUCUUGAUGGAUUUGCUCUCAACGUCCAAUGCCCAACGGAUAGCUGGGCCGGUACUCUUGUGCAAGAGAUGAGCCACUAUAUCGUGCAUCAGCGCUACGAUUUUCGUAUCUUCAUCAGUAUGGAUGUGUACGCAUCUGGGGGCCCCUCCUGUGGUCAGGGCCCUGCAGGCUAUGUCACUCUGUGUCGCGAUGCUAUGGGUUAUGGGGCAUACUACAUGGUGGGUGACAAAUACAUGGUGAGUACUUAUAGCUCCGGUGGAGGAACUUGGCACAAUUGGGAGUCCUUCAAAGACUCCGUGAUGGGCGAUGGCGGCUAUGAUGUAUAUUGGAUUCCCGAUCUCGGCGACACAGAGGGUUAUUGGACGAGUGACGCUGGCUGGUGGUAUUAUUGGGGAAACCUCACCGACGGGCUUUUUAGCUGGGAAUCCGCAUGGCCAGCGUUGGGACAAGACGCCGCCGACCAGAGCGGAGGCAUUGGAGGAGUGGCUCGCGACCAGGUGAUCAUUGAUGCGGCUGAAACUGAGGGUGCCUCCUACAUGAUUCCCCUGAGCUUGAUGCAGUAUAAGAACUCGUACUCGACCAAUGUUUAUCGCCAAGGAGAGACAAAUUUCAUGCAACGGCUUCACGAUAUUUUGGAAAUCGAGAGCGAUGCGCUCGAGUUUGUGGAAUAUAUUACCUGGAAUGAUGGACCGGAAGGACAUUAUAUUGGAAACCUAUGGCCUGAGCAGAACACUGAUGCGGCACCCAACAACUACGCCAAUGAUAUUUGGCCCCACGAUGCCCUCCAGCCUAUCAUACAGUCCUUUGCCACAGCAUUCAGAGCGUCUGCUGGUCCAACUGAUAUGCGGCCUCAGAAUGGAGAAGAUGCGGUGGGUGCCAUCUGGUACCACACGCUUGCUUUUGACGAUACCUGUCCUUUCGAAGGAAUUGGAGAAUACACGUUUUGGGAUAAACCAGCGGGUUACGAAACAUUUUCGCUAACCACACACUGGGCCGUUGUCCUCGAUGAUACAGUUGGAGGGUACGCUCCUAGCGACCUAGAGCUCAUCAUCACUACAGCAGCUGAUGACCAAGUUGUGGUGACCGACCUAAGUGCCGGACUGAACUUUGCUCAAGGGCCGAAUAUCAAUGGUGGGUAUUCAGUCUCCAUGAUACUCGCCCCCAAAUCAGGUACAACCGUUUUAUAUUCCGCAUCAGGGGGGAAAUGUCCCGCUUCCAGCUGCACGGAAGGUUUCUACAAUCUCAACUAUCAGAUUCUACCUUUAGUCCCGGGUGAGAGCGGCAGCGGUUGCACUUACGAAGAGACUGUGUUGCGGUAUACGCCUCUGAAUACCACCGCGGAUGACACCAUUGAUUGCGCGGGUCUGUUGACAUUGACCGACACGGCAGUCACUUCAUGGGAAGUCAGCCAGGCUGGCUUGGCCUUGGAAUUCGAGACGACGCGUCAUGCGUUGUCAACUAGCCAUGUGUUGACUACGACGCUUCCAAACAUUGAUUCCUACUUCAACAAGUACAGCAUAGUGGGCGUCACCGGCUGCUCGGAUAUCACUAAUGAUAACGCUUGCCAACUACCCCAAACCUGCCCGGUUUCAAACGACCAAGUUCCAUAUUUCUUCGCUCAACGGGCCUUUUCGGUCUUCCAGCGAUGUCUGCGGGAGAUGUCCACGUCUGUAUUUGAGGAUGGUUUCAUUACCUCUUUGGCAAUUGACGAUAUGGUCGGGAAUGUUACGGCUUAUUUGACUCCUAAGAGCGACGAAGCAGAUCUGGUCAAGAUCAUGGGGGCCAUGGCCGCAGGAUUCACCAUUCUCAGUGGUGGCCUCGGCCCAAUCAGUACCUUUACCAAUUCUUUCUCAGCACUUUUGGGCGGGGUAUUCAGCAUGAUCUCCGUCUUAGCCAGUCCCAGUGACCCAGCCGAUAGCAGUGCUUUCUUAGCCGAACCACGCACUGCUCUGUCAGAUCGUCUCUCCGUGGUGGUUCAGCAGUACAACACUAGCUUGGUCAAUCUGGCCCAAGCCGUGUUCGAGGCAGGUGAUCUGUCCUCUCUUCCAGACUACGCACUCGACACCUCGGCCGAUAUAUAUGGGAAAUAUUAUACCACCGACAUGGCCAAAUUCUUCGCCGGGGGUCGGUUCGCAGACCCCAAUAUGGCGUGUGGCGAUGUUGCCAGUGGUCUCAAGACCGCGAUUCAACAGUCUCUCGUGGGAUACAUGCUCGCCAGCUCCAACGUCUACAUCAUCCAGAACGGCCAUUCCGCCGACAACUGCCCCGGCAGUCGAGGCACUGUGCUGAAUCUCGAUUCCGCGGGGUCGGUCUGCUACACCCUCGAGCGACCCGGGUCAGGUUCCUACUACGAGGAUCUCUCCGACCCCCUCUCAGCGGACUUCUUCGACGUUCUGUACGGUUCGUAUAGCAUCAACCUCCCGGCUCUGAUCAGUAGCUCGCUCCAGUGCCAGACCGCGCAAGGCUACAACGGCACCUACAAUCCUUCCACGAGCAUCAUUCCGGGCUCGGGAUACGCGAUCGACAAUCUGCCACCAUGCUUCUUCAAUCUUCCAGUCCUCUACACGGACUACACGGUGAAAACCACAGGUGAACUGGUGACAACAUCGGGAACACCGUGCCAGCUUCGGGAGGGGACCGAGGACGAUGGAGCGGGCAACUAUCUUCCGCCGAACCUGGCGGAGGUGUUCACCGCUCACUUUUGUCUCUACAAGCCAGGCCACUGA